AUGGGACGUAUCUGCCGAGUUGUACCGAAACAGUGGACACACUAUGAACCGAUUGGAGAGAUUAUUCCGAAUACUCGCUUUGUUGUUUUCAAAACUCCAAUAAACGAUGUGCUGGCCUCGAAAAUACCGAAGGAGAAACGUUUCAAUGUAUCAAAUUUACUUCGAAUUAUGGCUGAACGUGGCCUAACGUUGGGUUUGGUGAUUGAUUUAACGGAUACGGAUCGCUAUUACGAUCAUGCGGAUAUUGAAGGAAUGUGCAUCGAUUAUGAGAAGAUCAAUAGUCCGGGACGUGGUUUUGUGGAGCGGGAUGAUUUGGUGAAAACAUUCAAUGAUAUCGUCGAAAAUUUCUUGAAUUCAAAUCCUGAUAACGAUGCGGUAAUCGGAGUGCACUGUACAAAUGGUGUUAAUCGCAGUGGUUAUUUGGUUUGUCGAUUCCUGAUCGAUCGUCUGGGAUGGUCAUCACACGAUGCUAUCGAUGCCUUUGAACGCGGCCGAGGUUAUCCCAUUGAGCGUGGUGCAUAUGUUCAAGCGUUGCAUCGUGCCGCAAAGGAACGUCGAUUGAAGAAACGUCACAAACACGCAGAUGAAGUGGUGGUAUCAAGUGAAGAGUCUGAGAUACAACGACAUCAACAGUUCUCGUUAUCACGUAAAAGAAGCAAACAUAAAAAGAAACAUAAAAUCGGCAAUGCUACCGAGCCCAUCAUAUCUGGUGAUGAUGAAAACGGUGGUGGUACACCAGACAUGGAAGCUGUCUGGAGUCAGAUGGCUGCCGUUCUUGAGCAACAUGAGUCAUUGAUAUUAAAUGAUAAUCAAGCAGCAGCAGCAGCCGCGAAUUAUGCAAAUGAUUUGGCAAUGAUGGGUGACGGGAUGCAGCGAUCGCAAAGCUCGUCGCAUUUGUCGCUUGAUGGAAGCCCUUUCGUUGGAAGUACUGGCACGGCUGAGCAAAUGGAAGAGGAUGAUGAUGACGGCGAUUUCAGUGGUGAACAAGAGAACGCGACAAGUGGAGCGGCAGUUGAAGAAGUUGAAGUGUCGAAGUCGCAGAAGAGACGAGCGAGAAGGCAGCGAUUACAGAAGGAAUUCGAAUUGAUGAAAACGGGCAAUUUUUGGAAGAUCAAUGAAAUGCAAAAAGAAAAGUACAAGGGCAAAUGA